AUGGCAAGCCUGAAAGGUCUAUCUACCCUAGCGCAACAAAAAAGCGCCUCAGGAGCCAGCGACAAUUGGCCCACUCGGCCACUCAACCUCAAAGCUGGGAGCAGUCAGCCAUCCAGUCAUACAAUCGUCUGUCUGUCUAGUGAGUCGGCCAGCUCGGAAGGUAGGCAGACCUUUUUAUCGCGAAGACGCAUUGCGAGUCAAUCCUACCCGGCACUACCAGCAUGUGGCGAGGCCACGAUGGGGUCGAGUCUGCUGAUGGCGUACCAUACCUACUUGUGGACUGAUUUCCUUAAUAUGGCCGACUGCAUGGGCCGCCGAUUAAUUAUUUCAGCCCGCCUGCCGUGGGGAUGUCUGGGCUUUGUCAUAUCUACCGGUGUGACCAUCCAAAGGGCUGCUUUACUUGGACCGUCAGGGGCACAUGAGUGUACUGAAGAGAUGAGCUGCGAAGAAUCCUCUUCUUCGGCUCCCGAUGCGACGAAUGUAAGCAGUGCUUACACCCGACUUGGCAGAACACAUGCAACACACAUGAGCGUGAACCACUUGAGCGGGCCUUGGAAACUCGGUUUUUUAAUUGUUUUUCUGGCGCUUUGUUUGGGCCUAAUGUAG